AUGUCAGGUGCGACAAUUGUUGGUCCCAUAUCUUAUGCAGUUGCCACCAAGGGUCUCGAGUACCCUCUCGGUACGGGACCAGACUUCGUCGUUCAGGAUUUCGAUCCUCAGAGCUUUGCCCCUGCACCCGGCGUCUACUCGACAGAUGUCACCGGCUUCAACCCCAGACUGGAUUGCGAUAUCCUCAAUAUAGACAGAAGCAGCGUCAAACGCUAUCAUGCUCCGUGGAUAAGCAUCAUGGGAAAUGUUUUUAUUGCCAACAUCACAACACCAAGUUGCAAAAUCAACAACGCGAUCAUUGCGCAGACUGCGGAUCACGACUUUAUGUAUCGGGAAAACGCUACGCAGAACUAUCAAGGCAACAUCCAGAAUUACACCUGCAACGACCCAGACUUCCAAAUUGCACCGGAUUGGCUUCGUUCCAAUCACACAGCUUCAAACCAGUAUGCUGAGCAAAGGAUACUGAUAACUAUGGCUGAUGUGCGUUGGCCGCCUACUAAUAAUACCAUAUACAAAAACACACCAUACCUAGAGUCUUACCGGAUCGAAGCCGUCACGGCAAUGCUCUGCCGACCGUCGUACCUCCUGAACACUUACACGGCGAGGAAGUACAUCGACCCGGACACUUCUAAAGUCUCGACUGAAGUUUCAAUGUCCCGCAAAAACACGAGUCGGCUUCUGAAUGUAUCUACGAAUGAGUUUUUGGGUGGCCUGAUGAAUACUUUCCUGCACAUGUCAAUGGGAAAUGGGGGUGAAGACUACGUUCUCAGCCAUCCAGUACCAAACUUCUUCCAAGUUCUAUCUGCCGCCAACAACGAGUCAGGACUAGCACCAUUCAUGGACGCAGAGCUGUUGAAAAAUAUCAGCGUCAAUGUCUGGCAAACUACUGCUGUUCAGUAUGCUCAGCAAUACUUUAUGGUUCCGGCAAAUGAUUCUGUUACCGGCUCAAUUUCAUACAGUCAGAAUCGGCUCCAAGUCAAGCUGACUACAGUUUCGAACCGGGCCUUCACCCUCGAAUCGACGAUCGAGUUCAACAUCGUAGGCAAACUACUUCCUCACGCCAUCCUGGUCUCUGCUCGAAAGGCUCAUUUCCACCACGUCCUCGGUGGCAUCGCGCUUUUUGCAGCUGGCUUUUUGACCACCAUCACCUCUGGUCUCUAUACAGUCACCAGUGUUUCUGUUUCCGAGACAGUGACGCUUAGCCAAGUGGACAGCUUUGACUUCAGCCAGAGCAGCUUGUUCAUUGAUGAUCGCAACGCUGCAGCCAUCACAAGCAUUUUAGAGUACACCAAUCUAAGCUAUCCGGCCUGGACGUACGGGGACCUGGUUUUUAACAAAUUGGACACGCCGGUGGGAAUACGUGGAGACGGGACGAUCAAUUUGAACACCCCAGCUUAUCGAGCCAGGUUGGACUGCACCCCGUACAUCAUACCGACAAAAGAGAUCAAAGUGGACGAGUGGUCGCCGUCAUAUGACUGGUCGUCUUACUCGCUCGACACUAACGUCUCAGUCCGGUGCGUACACAUCCCUACCAACCAAACAACGGUGCUUUGGCGUCAGCAAUAUCAAUUCCCCUUCAACCGAUCAAGCUUCUACAGCGGCAAAGCCACGUUCUUCCUAUGGGAAGCUAGCCCAAAAGUAGAUGUUUACGGCAAUGGCGGAUUCGAAAGUCAGAGCGAUGCGGGCUUCUCUGGGAUGCGAGACCACUCCGCCGGCGAUUUCGGGUGCCCGACCUUCGGCUUCACCGUCGCAUCCUCAGCGGUAACCCCGGGCCGGUCGAGCAACAACAGCACGCUGCACACCCGCGCGACAGCCGUCAUGUGCACGCAACAUCUGGAGCAGGUCACCGUCAACGUCACCCUGAUCCGGGCCGCAGACUUGUCCAUCGACUCCACCAAAUACCCACCGGUGCCCGACGAGACGACGCGGAGGCGCCUGAGGAAUCCCGCUACGAACAGCAGCGAGGUUUGGGAAUGGCUGCCCAACAACUUGCUGAACCGCCUGGUCGAUCUCAGCCCGACGCCGCAGCUGCAGCAUUCCGACAGCAGGGACCGCGAUUUCGUCAACCGCUAUCACCAGCAGUCAAUCACAGGCCUCGACGGCUUCGUGAAGACGCUCGUCGACGGCAAAGCCGGCGUCCCCAUCGACUCGCUGCUGGGCGAGGAAAACCAGGGAGCGCUUAUGAAAGCGGGCAGCAGGCUCUACUCCGAGUACAUGGCGCAGGCCAUCUCGAACAACAUGCGCAACGCGAGCAACUCCUCGACCAACACCGUCGGCGACAAAGAAUACGAUGACGACAUUGACGGAACAACAUCAUCAACGUCCCCUCCAACCUUCCAGGGGACGUUCACCCACGCGCCCGGCACCCGCUGGCGCCUCCGCCAGAACCGCGGCCCGGCCAUCGCGCUCGAAGUGUUGCUAUUCUUGCUCGCAGCUAUUGCCUUGCUCCUCGCCUUCGUCGGCUGGGGCCGCGCCGACGUGCUGCCGCACAACCCGUGCUCGAUUGCCGGCACGGCGAGCUUACUGGCAGGCAGUGAGGUGUGCUCGCGAAAAUACGUGCCUGAGGGCGCUGAGUGGUGGUCGGACAAGGAGAGGAGGGAUGCGGGGUUGUGGGAGGGGUGCAGGUUGCGGAUGGGGUGGUAUGGUGACGAUGGCGAUUAUCCGGCAGAUCAGGAUGGUGAGGGGAGGAGGUUUGGGGUGCAUGUUAAGGGGGAGGGGGAACACGGGAUGACGUAG